UGUCAGAAUAGGUCUCUCUCUCUCUCUCUCUCCCUCUCUCUCUCUCUCUCUCUUCUCCCACUUCUUAUUUGUGUCUUUGCAUAUAAUAUCUCAUUGUCUCAAUAUACCAGUAAGUAGAGUGACGUUUGAUUUGGGCACGCCUUUGAUGCUUGCUCUCUUUUUUCACUCUAAAUUUUCCAUUUUCCAAUUUAUUUUUUUGUUUUCCAUGAACAAAAUAAAAACUCACCACUUAUUUGUGGGUGCUUCUCCAAUUGACUCGACAGACAUCAAAAGCAAGAAAGACUUAUAAAUCUGACAAUCAGAAAACAAACAAAGCUUUCUUGCUCCUUUGCUCUUUGUCUUCUUCCUCUUCUUAGCAUAAAUCCACUUCCAUCUCUCUCUCUUACUCCCUUCUUUUUACCACAUUUCUUUUCUCUUUUCCUUUUGAGGAAAAUUAAGAGACAGAGAGAGAGAGAGAGAGAAUCUAGUUCUCUCGAGGUGGGUUCUCUUGAUCUAUUGGUGGGUGUUGUUUAGCUUCUUUCUCUGUUUUUGGCUAUGGAAGCUAGCUCUGAUCUUGAAGUAGACAUCAACGGUGAAGAAACUAUCUUUCUCAAUAAGCGAAUCAUAUGCAAGUUUUCAGGAACAUUCAGGAAGCUCCUUGGGAAAUCUACUUGUUCUAGUAGUAAUCUCAAGGUGAUCUUUAAUGAUUUCCCCGGUGGAGCUGAAAGUUUCGAGCUUGUGUCGAGAUUCUGCUACAACAAUGGUCAAUUCACUGUGAUGCCUUCGAAUGUAGUGCUCUUGCAUUGUGCUGCUAAGUUCAUGGAAGUAACUAAAGUCUUGGAACAAACAGAGAAGUGUAUGGAGGAGAUUCGUUAUUGGUCUUGGCCAGAGGUUCUUCUCGGUUUGAAGCAGUGUCAAGAGCUUGAAACAUCGUCCGAAGCUGAUUCUUUAGCCGCGAGAUUGAUGGAUGCGCUCGUGGAGAAGCUGUGCUUAGCCGUUGAAGCGAGUCCCUCGAGUGCUGCUUCUGCUUGUUCACCGGAAAGCAGCUUGUUUCGGUUUUCUUGUGACAGUAAAAGCACAGAGAGUUUCAAGAACUGCUCUGCUCGGGUAACAUGGUGGUUCGAUGAGGUUCUUGUUCUAAGUCCCGGUUUGGUCGAAACGUUCUUGAAGCUGAUGGUGUCGCGGAAGUUCGAUCAUCUCACCAUAGCUAGGUUCUUGUUCUAUUACCAGAAGGUCAAGUUUUGCUCUGCUUCUUCUAGUGAGAGAAGAAAGAUUCUUGAAACCACCAUUGAUACGCUUUACGUGUUGGACCGAAGAUGUGUCCCUUACAAGAGCCUGUUCGGGGUUUUGAGGCUCGCUCUUGGAUUGAACAUAAGCAAAAGCGGUAUGAACAAGCUAGAGCUUAUGAUUGGUCACCAGUUGGAUCAAGCAACACUUGACAAUCUUCUUGUUCCGUCUCCAUUGAAAUCGAGUCACUUGUACUAUGUGAAUCUCGUGCUUAGAUUCACGAAAGCUUUCCUCGAUGAAGCUAAAAGAGGAUCACAGUUGAAGAAAGUUUCAAGCUUGAUUGAUCAGUACAUAGCUGAAGUAGCACCUGAUCCUUGUUUGAAACCUUCAAAGUUUCUGUCUCUCCUCACACUCAUUCCGGAUUCAGCUCGAGAGUCUCACGAAGAUAUCUACAGAGCUAUCGAUAUGUAUCUCGAGUCUCACGCAGGAUUAACAAACGGUGAAAAACUCAGCUUGAUAAGAACAUUGAGUUACGAGAAGCUUUCAAUCGAAUCAAGAGCACACAUUUCGCGUAACAGGAAGUUUCAGGGGAUUGAGACACCAGAUGAACAACAACAGCAGCAGCAGAAGCAGCUGAUACUCAGAGUGGAGAAGGUUGAGAUUUCAGGAGAUAAUGAGAAGUUGAAGGAACAUAUUGAAGGGAUUCAAUGGAGGGUAAUGGAAUUGGAGAGAGCGUGUUUGAAAAUGCAGAAUCAGAUGGAAGUUAUCAAGAAGAGAUCCAAGAACACGAGCAGAGGAAGCAACAGGUCACUCCCUAAGCUCUGUUCUUGAUUAGUGUUGCUUGGAAACUGAAAGCUGUAGCUUACGAUAAUAUUUGUACAUAAGAGUGAUAUAUAGAGAGAGCAUAAGGAGUCGGAUUGUAAUUACAAUCUGUUUCUUAUUUUCUCAAAGUAUUUAUCUUUUUUUUUUUCUGUUUACUGUCGUAAAGUCGUGUGUAAGGAAAAAGUAAAGAAGUGAUCUUUUUAAUGGAGAUGUUUAGGUUCUUGUUUGAUACAAACUUGAAUAAGCUUUCUUGUGAAAUUGAGUGAAAACAAAAUGUUAUGAGAAA